AUGGGAAUAUCCCGGGAGCUGGAUUCUGUCAUGUUUAGUUUAAGAUCUGAAGUGGAAAAUUUAAGAAAUUUGCAAGAACAGUUGAUUAGAAACAUGAACAUGCAGUCUAUGGUGCACGCAAAGCAGGCUAGCGCUAGCGAAAAUAUAGCCAGUGGCAGCCUGAACUUAGAUCGCUCCAAUAUCUCAGAUAUUAAGUAUUUUUUGAAGUUGUUAUUGCCUCAAGUCAUAAACAUCGAGAGUUCUUGCCGGAAGAUGGUCCUGAAUGAAGCCAAAACGUACCAUGCAAUAAUGCAACUUGCGAGUUUUGUGAGAGGGACUGCGUUAACUGGAGAGUGUCCGGAUUCGCCUCCUCCACCCCCAAGUCCAACUAUAGCCACUGAGCUUAAACUAUUAGAGAGACAAAGAGAACGAGAGCUAGAACCAGAAUUAGAACCAGAAUCAGAUCUUUGCGAUACUCUAGGUUCGCCCAGAUGUAAGAGACAAAAGUUGUUUGAGUAG